UUUUAUUACAAACACAAGCCUUCUUCCGUCUUCCACCAUCUGCCACCUACCAUGGACCUCGACGACGAGAUACCGAUGCUUGUUGAGCACGAUAACAACAAGGUACCGCUAACAAUUAUCUGUGGAUUUCUAGGCGCAGGAAAAUCGACGUUGCUCAAGCGGAUCUUAACCGAACGGCAUGGAUAUCGUAUCGCUGUCAUUAUGAAUGAAUUUGGAGACACCGCUGAUAUUGAAGCAAAAACCAUCAACGUAUCUUCCCCCGACGACCCAACUGCCGAAGCCUCGGAAGAGUUUCUCGAGCUAGCGAACGGGUGUCUCUGCUGCAGCAUCAAAGACGUAGGCAUCGCAGCCAUCGAGAAGUUGAUGCAGCGCAAGGGUGCCUUUGACUACAUAUUGCUGGAAACGACUGGGCUAGCCGACCCUGGUCCGAUUGCGUCCAUGUUCUGGCAAAAUGAGGAAUUUGCUUUAGGAGUGGGCAAGGAUAUUGUGCUUGAUGGUGUUGUAUGCGUGGUGGAUGCUUGCUUUGGCCAGAAACAAAUGGAGGAAGACACCACUGAAGACGAAGUUGGAGAAAGUAUACGGCAAAUUGCGGGAUCCGACGUCAUCCUUCUAAAUAAAAUUGACUUGGUCAAAUCUACCGAAAUCACUCACGUCGAAUCCACCGUACGCCGAAUCAACCCAGCAGCGCCUUUGUACAAAACCGUGCGAGGUCAGGUUGAUGUGGGGAGUAUUGUAAACAUCGAAGCAUAUUCUACUCGUCCCAAGUUCCCUAUUCAUGAACAUGACCACAGCGUCAAUCAUGCCGACCAUGAUCAUCCCGAGCAAACCCAUUACGAACUCCGGGGAAUUUCGAGUAUUCAGGUGACUUGCCCUACACUCAGCCAGGAGAAAAUGGAUAAGUUAGAUGCCUGGAUUCGCUCGGUGCUGUGGGAGAAUCGACUCCCUGAAGGGACCCAGUCUUCGGAGCUUCAAGUUUUGCGUUGCAAAGGACUUGUCAUGACCGAUACGGGUGAUCAAUAUGUGUUGCAGGGUGUUCGGAGUAUGUACGAUAUGUCGCGAGUAGAGGAGGAAGUCGUCGGUGUUCCUGAGCAGGGGAAGCUUGUGUUCAUUGGGAAAGGAUUAGAUUCUGUUGUUAGAAAGAGCCUUGAGGGCAUCGUACUAAAUUGACGAACUAGUACUUUAAAUUUUUAAUGAUGUACACAGCCACAUCAUUUACAUCAUUUACAUCUUUUCCUACUCCGUC